CUUCCGGUGAAGUCUGCUGACGUUUCCGGCGAGGGCUUUUUUGCCGGUGUGUGAGCGAUGAUGAAGGCACAGGACGGAGCGGGCUCUUUCCUGCUCUUCGUCACGCCCUUGCUGUUCCCCUAUGGCUUCGCCUCCGAGCUGUCUGCGGUAACGUGCGGCUCCGUGGUGAAGCUUCUGAACACCAAGCACAACGUCCGCCUGCACUCCCAUGACGUCAGAUACGGAUCAGGCAGUGGGCAGCAGUCGGUGACUGGAGUUACGGCCGCAGACGAUGGUAACAGUUACUGGCGAAUCCGUGGGAAGACGUCGACUGUUUGUGAAAGAGGAACAUUGGUAAAAUGUGGACACUCUAUCCGUCUAACACAUGUCAAUACAGGACGAAAUCUACACAGCCAUCACUUCACAUCUCCAUUAUCAGGAAACCAGGAGGUCAGUGCAUUUGGAGACGAUGGAGAAGGAGAUAUCUUAGAUGACUGGACUGUACUCUGCAAUGGGGAAUUCUGGCAGCGCAAUGAAGAAGUGAGGUUCAAGCACGCGUCUACAAACGUACUGCUGUCUGUCACAGGAGAACAAUAUGGGCGUCCUAUAAAUGGACAGAGAGAAGUGCAUGGCAUGACCUACGCAGGUCCACAUAACUACUGGAAAGUGAUGGAAGGUAUCUUCAUGAAACCUAGUGAACCUCCACGGACUGACUUCACUCACUCCGAGUUAUGAUAGGACUCAGACUGGUCUAGGUCUUUCAGUCUUCUUAACCAUACAGUGUUGACUUCCCUGAGGAUUUCUCCAGGGUCCCACAAAGUACACUUUGAAGAGCAAUUAACAGUGAAAUAUGGGGCACAGUUUGGAUGUUGCACCCUUGUGUCAUUUAUUAUUAUUAUUGUUAUUAUUUCAUAUUUUAUGUUAUGGCAGCAAAGGGCCGGACUG